CCCGCCAUCUUCCCCAAUAUUGAGAUGAAUUUUUUAUCCAUUGAUUUGUGGCUCAAUGGUUCGACCCCAAGUCGUAAGUGCUUGGGUGAGGUGGUCGGAGUUUCGAAUUCCACCACCGUCGUGAACUCCAUCAAAAAGCGGUCUGAUGGCCGUGCGCCUCAUUUGAGGGGGUGGAAUGUUCACCCGCAAAUCGCUGGGUUCUCGAGAACCCAACAGAUUGCUGGGAAUCGAACCCAACAGAUUGAAGAACCCAGCAAGCUUGCUUGGGUUCACACCGAACCCAGCACGCUUGGGUUCCUUGCGAACCCAGGCUUCGAUCCUAGCAGGCUUGCGUGCUGGGUUCGGUUCCUUGCGAACCCAGGCAACCCAAGGAACCCAGCGCCUGGUAAACCAAAAUGGAUUCCAAUCACUGCAAGUUUAUCGGCGGUUCUUGGAUUAGCUAUACUCAGUUCUUUUGCUUUCGCCGUCUGGAGACGAAGAAGCUCUCGUGUGGUUCAAACGCUUGACUUGAGAGGAGGAAAUUUUGGAAAUGGAUACUCAAAUGAAGAUUUUGAGGGCGAGAACGUGGGAGGAUCCCAUGAAUUUCCUUCCAUUCAGUUAGAUAUUAUUAAUGCAGCAACAAACCAUUUCUGUGAUGAAAAUAAACUUGGAGAAGGUGGAUUUGGCUCUGUAUACAAGGGUACACUACCAGAUGGUAAGGAAAUUGCAGUUAAGAGGCUCUCUAGAACUUCUGGUCAGGGGUUACUAGAAUUCAAGAAUGAAGUUAUGCUAAUUGCCAGAUUACAACACAGAAAUCUUGUUAGACUCCUGGGAUGCUGUCUGGAGGAUAAUGAAACAUUGUUGGUUUAUGAGUACAUGCCGAACAGAAGUCUUGAUGUCUUCCUUUUUGAUUCAGGCAUGCGUGCACAAUUGGAUUGGCAAAGACGAUUUAGAAUCAUCAUUGGAAUUGCUCGAGGCAUCAUGUAUCUUCAUGAAGAUUCUCGUCUUAGAAUUAUACAUAGAGAUCUUAAAACAAGCAAUAUUUUGUUAGAUAGAGAAAUGAAUCCCAAAAUUUCAGAUUUUGGUUUGGCAAGGAUUUUUAGUGGAAAUCAAAACGAAGCAAACACAAAAAGAGUUGUUGGAACAUAUGGGUACAUGGCACCAGAGUAUGCUAUGAAAGGACUCUUUUCUGUCAAAUCUGAUGUGUUCAGCUUUGGUGUCAUAUUGCUAGAGAUCAUCAGUGGAAAGAAGAACAACGGAUUUUACUUUUAUGAACGCGGUGAAAGCCUUCUAACCUUUGCAUGGAAACUAUGGUCUCAAGGUCAAGGAGUGCAGGUGAUAGACCCAGAAAUGGUGCAGUCAUGUGUGGAGUCUGAGGUGUUCAAAUGCAUCCAUAUUGGUUUGUUGUGUGUGCAAAAAGAUCCGGUGGAUAGACCCACCAUGUCAUCUGUAAUAGUCAUGUUGGGAGGUGAGACCAUCAGUCUUCCUAAACCAACAGAACCUGCAUUUUUUGUUGGACGAGUAGUUGCAGAAUCAGCUUCACCCCUUGCAGAAAACGUUGUUUGUUCUAUCAACGAGGUAACACUUUCAAAUGUGUCGCCUCGCUGAUUGUGUGAGAUAUCUCAUAUAUUUUUAAUCUUUUUUUAAUAAACAAAAAAUCAUGCUUUGGACAUUUGUAUAAUAUAUUACAGCACAAUAUCAAAUAAGCCCUUUUUUUGUUUUUGGUCCAUCGAGUAUGAUAUUUGCAGAAGAAAAUUCCACCUUCAUU